AUGCUGGCGCCUCUGGGCUGUGGCAUACAAACUGGUGCCGGAACUAUAACAAAGCUAGCUGCGGCAACACAAGACGACACCGUCGCUGCUGCGAAAAUCACUGGCUGCCGACACGUCUUUGGAAUUAACCACGUGCCUAGCCGGCUUGAUCUCGCUCGGUCGCUUGGAGCAACCCACACCGUCAACACCGCAAACAUCACCAACACGCUGACAGAAGAAAUUAGGAAGCUCACUGGUGGGCCGGGGAGCACCAUCACAGUAAAUGCUACCGGGGUUGUGCCAUUGAUUAAACAAGGGCUCGAGUUCACCGCGAACCAAGGGAAGAUGAUUUUGCUAGGCGUUGCGCCAAUGGAUGCAAGCUUGGAUCGGCCUAUUGUUCCACACAUGGUGAGUGGCAAGCAGUUGCUGGGCAGCAUGGAAGGAGGAGUAUACCCUGAGGGUUAUAUCCCUCAGCUUAUCCAAUGGUACCAUGAGGGAAGGUUCCCAUUGGAGAAGCUUAUCAAGACCUACGAUCUGUGA